GGGCCGGUCCUUCUCUCCUCUUCUUUCUUGGACCCUCUUCUCUGCACUAUCUCAUCUCACUUGGCUUCCAUCAGCCUUCAUGGUUCUGAUUUCACCCCACGCAAUGCAAGCCACCCGGGCGUCCACCACCGUCAGUGUGGUUUCAGACUGUGGAAUUCCAGCCGGGCUCCGGAUAGGUCCGGUACCUGGCGUCUUGAAAUUGGGGAAGUACCUGUCAGACCGCAAAGAAGUUGGACCCAAGAAAAAGAUUCGCUUGGUGCGAGAAGAGUUCGUGGAUGAAUCUGGCUGUCCCGUGUCAGAUUGGAUCGGAUUCAUCCGGGCCGCCAGAAACAGUCAUGAACAAAAUCUAGAGGCCGUGUCUGACCUACCAGGCGGGCAGAUAUUCUACCGUGUGAUGAGAGAAAUUCCUGCAGGUGAAGAACUCAAUGUUUGGUACUCUAAUGCUUUAGCGCAAUGGUACGACAUGCCCACGACGGCCACCCCCACGCACGAUGAGAAAGGCGAGGAGCGUUACAUAUGUUGGUACUGCUGGAGAAUCUUCAAAUACCCCAACACACUCAAAGCCCACGUCCACUUCCACUGCGCCCUGAGCAACGGGCGCGGGUUUGUGAGCAACGAGCAAGCCAGAGGUACGGAGACCUUCAGCAGGUCUCCAAAAUCUGGAGACAUCCCCAACACGUCUUCUUCGCCCAGGAGCUCUCAGAACAUCUCUAUCUCUGACUCCAGCAGGAGGUCAUUGGCCUCCCCCUUCUUAGGGAAAGCCGGACUGAUGAAGAAAAACAGCUCCGAGGAACAGGACAGAGCCCUGGACAUGAGCGUUACUUCGUCCCGGAACCAAGGACACGUUCUCGGCCUCGGCACGGCGUCCUCGAUGCUGACUUCCAUGGGCUUCCAUCCGGGUGUGCGCUCCGCAUUCAAGCCCACCGGCGUCGCGAAGAUCCCGAUCGGCGACGCGCAUCGAGAGGAUGCCGGCUCCAAAAUAGGCUCUUUGGGGUUCGGCAAACUCAUGGGAAACAUGAAGCCGACGAUAAACGGAGGUCCUGCGGCCAAGUGCGCGCCUGCAGGGAUAGUCGACUCUAACAUGGUGCCGUGUAGCAACGCCAUCCGAGGCUUCCCUUUACUCCCGCACAUGGAGGAAACGUCGGCUUUCAAACACGUCGAAAGUCGAGUUCACGCUGGGCUGUCCCCAUCCCGGUACCCUCACAUGCACCCGGGACUCCACUUUGAAAGGUUCUCCCUGCCCAACUUUGACGGUGUUAAGACUUACGGUGCGGACUGUAACAUCCCACUGAUGCCUUUCACAGUUUACAACGGAGAACUUCUCUACAGUUCUCCCUAUUACCCCCUAAAAUUCCACUUCAGCAAUCUUCUCAAGUACCCGGAGUCCAUGCCCUACUUUGGCGCGCCCUCCCUAAGCCAAGAUAUAGGCACGAUCACCAACAUUGACCGGGAGAUAGCCAUGCACACGCAACAGCUGUCCGAAAUCGCAACGGAGAAGAACCGAACCAGACUGGACCCCUUGCCCGCGGGCAGCACCAGCAACGCAAGCACUGGCAAACCAAAAAAGGGACACUUAUGUCUGUACUGCGGUAAACUAUACUCCAGGAAAUACGGUUUGAAAAUCCACAUGAGGACUCACACUGGGUACAAGCCGCUCAAGUGCAAAGUGUGCUUCAGGCCCUUCGGGGACCCCAGCAACUUGAACAAGCACAUUCGACUCCACGCGGAGGGCAACACCCCUUACAGGUGCGACUUCUGUGGAAAGGUUCUCGUCCGGAGAAGGGAUCUGGAGCGGCACGUCAAGUCCAGACACCCAGGCCAGAGCGUCAAGAAGCUGGAUGACAAAGCGGGCCUGUUCGAGGACGCCGAGCUCAAAAGCGACAAUGACAGCGACGUUGACGUCUGCUUCACCGACGACCAAAGUGAACCCGAAUCCAGCAAGAAUAACGACUGAGAAGCUCUAGAAAAAAGACAACAAUAUGAUCCAUUCCUAUUUUACCCCAAAACCUAUUUAUAAAACGUUGGAUCAUGCCAGCCAGUGACACGUUUAUUGCUCUUAAAGGGAGUCACCUCCAUUUUUAAUGUUGCCCAUAACGACUGUAUGAUAAUCACGUGAUGCUGUGAUGAGACCAGAUCUAUAAAACAUAUUUAAACUCAAAAUUGCAAAGUUGUUUAGCGUCGGCUUUUUAAUUCAUGACUUGGGCCUAUGUCUUCUUUAUUUAUGUAUAUUUUUUUUGCAGUGAUGAAAACAGGUUUGUGUUUUUGUUUUUAUUUAUUUAUAUUUUUCAACUUUUUAGUAUUUCUUGUUUUGUAAAAGGCCUGCUUUUGAAUGGAUACUAUAACAGACGGGCGCAAAACUGGGAACACCGUCAAUUAUUUCUACUUUACGCAAGUAAAAUGACCGUAUCAAUUGUCACACUUCCCUGAAAAUGAACUCAACUGCACUUUAAGGAAAAAAAAAAAUCAUUGCAACCAAACCGCUGCCGUGAUUAUUAUGACAACUAAACCUGUUUCCUUGACUUCAUUUAAGACCCAGCUCCUUGCGCCUUUUAAUAAAUACACUACUUCCAUUUGCACUUUCUUGCCGAGGCACGCUGCUCUUAAAGAAGCAAACAGCGGUGUUUAUUUAUGGAAUUACUUCUGAGAAAAAUAUUGUAUUGAUUUAUGUAAAGAUGUAUAAAGUAUGAUUUACAUUACAGUGUUGUAUGCGCUUGUUUAUACGUUAACGUUGUCAACGAAGGCAAUAUUUUACCCUUGUCCGAAAUGUGGUUGUUUUCUUUCUUUUUUGUUUUUGUUUUUAAUAAAUCAGACCAAAAUGUAUGUUUUUUAAUUGUACAAAUUCUUAUUAGCAAUCCAGGACAGUCGCAAG